CAGCGCUACAGCAGUUCCGGUAGAUGUCCGCUUCUGAGAGAGCGAUACCGAGAAAGGGAUUAUCAAGAAACAUCCCGGGACAACGUCGCUGUUUUACUUUCUCGAUCCCUGGAUAUACAACUUUCUCAUUGGGGGAGCAGUGUCACAGUUUACAACACUUUUAGAGCUUUAGGUAUGAACUGAGGAUGAAUGUAAACCAGCAGACUCCAAUGGCGUCUCCGUACGGCCAGCCCCAGCCUGGCUAUGGCCAGCCCGGCUAUGGAGCAGGGUACCCAGCCCCCUACGCGCCUUACAACAACCCCGCAUCAGUCUACCAGCCUGGGGCUCCACCUCAAGGUUGCUCUCCUUAUGCAAGCUUUCCUUCUAAGGCUGUGGCAGCCAACCCAGUCUCUGACCUGUCUUCUCCUCUUGAUCUAGGUCCCCUCAGAGGUCCCCCUACAUCAGCGCCAGCUCCUGUCUCCGCCGCUCCCCAGGCCUACUCCCACUACGGCCAGGGGGAAAUGCAGAAUGGACCCCCACCAGGGAGCCAAGCGCCUCCCAGGCCUGCAGUAUCUCAGCCAUACAACCAGGGGGCAGUGAACUUGUCCGGGCCGCCUCAACCAUAUCCCCAGCAAUAUGGGGCCCCACCCCCCGUGCAGCAGGUGACCAAUCAAAUGACUGGGAUGCAGAUUUCCACCGGGCCGCCCACCGCAGCAGGUCCAGGCUACGCUCCUCCACACAGCUCCCAGCCUCCCACCAGCGCGGCCUACUCCAUCGCCCCCCACCCCGCCUACACCCAGGGGCCCCCGCCUGCCUCCAUGGCCCCCAGCCAGCCCCCGCCUCCCAGAGACCCCGCCCCCCCCCAGCCCUACUACGGAGGCCCACCGCCUCCUCAGCACCCGGCCUCCUCCGCCUCGGCCGCUCCUCUUCCUCCCCCGCCCUCGUCCCACCAGUCCUUUCCCCCCACCUCCUACCCCGGGCCCCAGGCCCCCCUCCCAGCCGGCCCUCAGGCCCCGCUCCCCCCAGGCCCUCAGGCCCCGCCGCCCUACGCCCAGGGUCCCCCGCCGGCCGGCAGCCAGCCCCACUACGCCCCCGCCCCCCACGCCCACGGCUCCUACCCCGCGGCUAGAGGGCCCCCUCCCCCCUCUCAGCCCGGGCCCUACCCUGCCGCGGGCCCACCUCCUACCUCUGCUCCCCCGGGCCACUACCAAGGGACCAUGCCGCCCCAGCCCCCGGCCGGACAGCCCGCAGCCUACCACUCAGGUCCCCCUCCCCCCAGGGCUCAGAUGCCUCCCAGCUCCAUGGCCCAAACCAACCACCUCCCCCCGGGACCGCAGGGACCCCCAGGCCCACUAGGGCCCCCGGGACCCCUGCAGCAGCCCCCUCCUCAGCCCGGCAUGCAAGGCGGUUAUCCUCCUCAACAGAACGGUGCGUUCGGGCAGGUGAGAGGACCCCAGCCCGGCUACCCAGGGCCAUACCCUGGACAACAGAACUACGGCCCUCAGGCCCCAGCACCAGCCGCACAAGCACAGAAAAGACUUGACCCAGAUGCCAUCCCUAGCCCGCAAGCGUCGGAGCAGCCGGCCGCGCAGAGAGCCAGACAUAAAAUAGACCCAGACGCUAUACCCAGCCCAAUCCAGGUGAUAGAAGAUGACCGGGUCAAGACCACUGAACCUUUCACCACGGGGGUCAGGGGUCAGGCCCCGCCCCUCGUCACCAGCAACUUCCACGUCAAAGACCAAGGCAACGCCAGCCCGAGGUUUGUCCGCUGCACGGCCUACAACAUGCCCUGCACCGCUGACAUGGCCAAGCAAUCGCAGGUGCCCCUGGCCGCAGUCAUCAAGCCCCUGGCCACCCUGCCCCCAGACGAGACCCCGCCCUACCUGGUAGACCACGGGGAAGCCGGCCCCAUCCGAUGCAACCGCUGCAAGGCCUACAUGUGCCCCUACAUGCAGUUCAUCGAGGGAGGCAGACGCUUCCAGUGUGGCUUCUGUAGCUGCGUCUCAGACGUGCCACCCCACUACUUCCAGCAUCUGGACCACACUGGGAAGCGGGUGGACUGUUACGACCGGCCAGAGCUCUCGCUGGGCAGCUACGAGUUCCUCGCCACGGUGGACUACUGCAAGAACAACAAGCUUCCUCAGCCGCCCGCCUUCAUCUUCCUCAUCGACGUGUCCUACAACGCCGUCAAGAGCGGCAUGGUCAACAUCGUCUGCCAGGAGCUCAAGACCCUGCUGGACCACCUGCCAAGGGAGAACCCGGAGAUGGACUCUGUGGUGCGGGUGGGCUUCGUCACCUACAACAAGGUGCUGCACUUCUACAACGUCAAGGCCAGCCUGGCCCAGCCCCAGAUGCUGGUGGUGUCGGACGUGGCAGACAUGUUUGUGCCGCUGCUGGACGGCUUCCUGGUCAACGUCAAGGAGAGCCGCAUGGUCAUCGACAGUUUGCUGGACCAGAUCCCGGAGAUGUUUGCAGACACGCGGGAGACGGAGACGGUCUUUGGGCCCGUCAUCCAGGCCGGGCUGGAGGCCCUUAAGGCGGCGGACUGUGCAGGCAAGCUGUUUGUCUUUCACACCUCGCUGCCCAUCGCCGAGGCUCCUGGCAAGCUGAAGAACCGGGAGGACAAGAAGCUGAUCGGCACCGACAAGGAGAAGUCUCUGUUCCAGCCCCAGGUGGGCUUCUACAGCACCCUGGCCAAGGACUGCGUGGCGCAGGGCUGCUGCGUGGACCUCUUCCUCUUCCCCAACCAGUACGUGGACGUGGCCACGCUCGGGGUGGUCCCCGUGUCCACGGGCGGCUCCGUCUACAAGUACACCUACUUCCAGGCUCAGUCGGACCGAGAGCGGUUCCUGAACGACCUCCGGAGGAACGUGGAGAAACCCAUGGGCUUCGACGCGGUUCUGAGGGUCCGCACCAGCACCGGCAUCCGGGCCACGGACUUCUUCGGCUCCUUCUUCAUGAGCAACACCACCGACGUGGAGCUGGCCGGCCUGGACUGUGACAAGACGGUGACCGUGGAGUUCCGCCAUGACGACAAGCUCAGCGAGGAGACCGGUGCACUCAUGCAGUGUGCCGUGCUGUACACCAGCUGCAGCGGCCAGAGGCGCCUGCGCGUCCACAACAUGGCCGUCAACUGCUGCUCCCAGCUGGCAGACCUGUACCGCAACUGCGAGACAGACACCAUCAUCAACUUCUUCUCCAAAUACGCGUUCCGCAGCGUGCUGACCAGCCCCACUAAGACGGUGAGGGAGGGCCUGGUCAACCAGUGUGCUGCGAUACUGGCGUGCUACCGCAAGAACUGUGCCAGCCCCUCCUCAGCAGGCCAGUUGAUCCUGCCCGAGUGCAUGAAGCUGCUGCCGGUGUACCUGAACUGCGUGCUGAAGAGCGACGUGCUGCUGCCCGCGGCCGACGUGUCGCUGGACGACCGCGCCUACCUCCGGCAGCUGCUCAGCGGCAUGGACGUCUCCGAGAGCCACGUCUUCUUCUACCCCCGCCUGCUGCCCCUGAUGAAGCUGGAGGGCGACUCGCUGCCCCUGGCGGUGCGGGACUCGGAGGAGCGGCUGUCCAAGGGCGGAGCCUACCUCCUGGAGACGGGCCUGCACCUGUUCCUGUGGGUGGGGGCCAAUGCCCAGCAGGAGCUGCUGCUCAACAUUUUCGGCACGCCGAGCUUCGGCCAGAUCGACCCCAACCUGACGAGCCUACCGGUGCUGGACAAUCCAUUCUCCAAGAGACUCCGAGAGAUCGUAGACGCCUUCCGGGCACAGAGGUCCCGUUACAUGAAGUUGAUUGUGGUAAAACAGGAAGACAAGGCCGAGCUCAUAUUCAGGCACUUCCUGGUUGAGGACAAGAACGCCAGCGGCGGAGCGUCAUACGUGGACUUCCUGUGUCACAUGCACAAGGAGAUCCGCCAGCUCCUCAGCUAGGACACUCCCCCUCCCCCCCCGACCACAUGUGAACAUACCCCUCCCACCCCCCCCCUCCCGAUCCGCCCUCCUCUCUUGACUCAACGGCACCUCCUUCCCCUCACUCCUGAAGCGCGUUAUCUUUUGAUUUUUUUUACCUAAUACACUAAACCCCCUCUCCGUGUCAGCCAAGGUCCAGAGACAUAUUUAAUUAUAUACCGCCUGCUGGAGAGACUCAUUGUCUUGUCCAUGCAGCAGAGAGAUAGUGAGAUUGUGUGUGCGUGUGUGUGUGCUUGUGUGUAUGUUUGUGACUAAUGGACAGAGGAGGAGGAACAGGAGGUUUGUCGAAAUCAAGUUUUAUCACAGCGAGAGUCGUUGGCAUGAGUGUCCAAGUCUAUAACGUUUGCUUAUGAAACUGUAUACGAGUGACUAUGUGGGUUAAUAAAUGUGUGAGCGAAUGAGGGAGGUGGAGAAGUGAUGUUGAUUGUAGUCUGUGUACUGUCUGUACCACUAGCACUGAAGGCUGUUCGAGGUGUGGAAACGAGCCAAUAGCAAACAUGCUAAUCGCAUACAUGACUCUUUUUGUAUGAUUGAAAAUCCAGUAGGGAAAAAGAGGACUACUACUCAACGAGACAUAUAUCAAAUAAAUUAAAUAAAUCCUGUUCUUUACAA